UUUGGAUUAUCAAAGAGGUUGCAGGAAAUUAUAAGCAGGGAGUGUGUUUGGGUUUUCCCUAUCUCCGAUCUUGCUCCAUAGACAACGUUGGAGGUGGCUGUCGUAUUUUACCGGUGGAUAAAUCACCUUGAGCCCAAGCACACACCCGUUGCUGAUGUCCCACCGCAACGUCUCAACUGCAGGAGGGAGAGAAGACAGCAAAGGAAGCAUGGAGUUACUUUGGAAUACAUUUUCUGUCACGGGAAGGACGUUCUCAAAGGAAACAGCUUUACCGAAGGAGACAACAGACUUGGUCAGCACAGCCGGAUAUGACAACAUCAUCCAACACUUGAAUGACGGCAGGAAGAACUGCAAAGAAUUUGAAGACUUUUUGCGGGAAAGGGCUUCUGUAGAAGAGAGAUAUGGGAAGGAGCUGAUCAGCUUGUCACGGAAGAAGCCCUGUGGGCAGACAGAGCUCAAUACCCUCAGAAGAGCACUGGAGGUUUUCAAACAACGCGUGGAGACUGUUGGCCAAAUCCAUAUGCAGUUAGCCCAGAAUCUCAGGGAAGAAGCGAAGAAAAUGGAGGAUUUCAGAGAAAAGCAAAAACUCCAUCGUAAAAAGAUUGAACUAAUAAUGGACGCCAUUCACAAAAACCGGAAUCUGCAGUACAAGAAGGCCAUGGAAGCCAAGAGGCUCUACGAACAGCGAUGCAGGGACAAAGACGAAGCGGAGCAAGCAGUUCAUCGGAGCACCAACCUGGUCACACCGAAGCAGCAGGAAAAGUUGUUUGUGAAACUAGCUCAGGCCAAGUCUGCCUUGGAAGAUUCAGACAGGAUGUAUCAAAACAACGUCAACGCUCUGGAGAAGAUCAGAGAAGAAUGGCAGAACGAGCACAUCAAGGCUUGCGAGUUCUUCGAGAGUCAAGAAUGCGAGCGGAUCAACUAUUUUCGGAACGCUGUGUGGUUGCAUGUCAAUCAGCUGUCGGAAGGUUGUGUCAAGAAUGAUGAUAAUUACGAAGAGAUCCGCAAAGCCCUCGAGCAGUGCAACAUCGGGAACGACAUAGAGUGUUUUGUACAUAUUCGCAAGACCGGCAACCUCCCUCCAGUUCCUGUAGUCUACGAAAAUUAUUAUAACACACAGAAGAACACAGUGCCCAGAAGAAGCCAAGUUCCAGUGCCUGGCACGAGACCCCAGAUGCCCAUCCCUUCCAGUGAACCAGGGGAUGCUAACUAUGCUUCCGUGGAUGGAUAUAGCUUAAUUCAUCCCCACUAGUGCAGAGAUGAUCUUGGAAUCUUUCAUUCGACGAUACCUCUGUGAGGAAAUCAAAUAGCAGCAUUUUAAAAGCUGUCCCACUCUACUUCCCCAAAUGGAGUUUUGCUCUUUCUGGGGUGCAUUAAUUAUUAUUUUAAAAACGCAAUUGGAGAAGAACAUUUUGGGAAGAUGGAGGAUGGUUCCACGGCAGAAAAGUAACGAGAGAAUGCUGAUUUUCUGGCAAAUAACAUCAAUAUUCUGUUGUUUUAUUCAUUUGAAGGAAGGGAUAACACCCCCCCUCCCCCGCAGGGGUUGUUUGCAGGAUGUGGUCGAAAAAGUCAAGAUGGCAGCUGUAGCAUCAACUGCACUGUUAGAGCCACAAUCUUGCCUUUUUUUGACCAGAUGCUUGGACCCCUUGCCCUUUUUAAUUAGUAAAAGGGGGGGGGGGGUUGACAUCGGAAGGAUUACACAUAUGUGUGAGUUACCUUAAAAUCAGGCGUCUUGGGAAACACUGCAGUUUUUAACCUGACCUACCUCACAGGGUUGUUGUGAGGAUGGAACAAGACAAUCCCAUGUUAUUAGCCUUAAUUCUUAGAUCUGACUUAAUUCUGUUGGAGAGUGGUAGGAAAGCUUAUGGAGUUUUGAUUACCUUCCUUUUUGUUUUUUAGUCUCGGCCAAAAUCCAAUGAAAUCUAAAGCAAAUGGACUCUUCCUGAUUCAAUAAGCAAUAAUAAUUAAAAUACUUAUUUGUCUACAAAUGACCCGGGAGCCAGUCUGUGGGAACUGCAGUAACAUGCAGGUUAAUCCUUCCCCUGGACUUUUGAGUUGUGAUGGUGCGGAGUCAGCGGCCUGUGAAACCCUCCUUUUAGUUAAAAGCAAGUUUCUAGUCCUCAUGAUUACGAGGGACAGAAAAUGCGUGGCUGCUAUACUACCCACUCAUGGAAAGUUCUGGAAGCCAAAGCAGGUUGCUGCAGGAUUUCUCUGUUGCCUUUUUUGGGGGGUCAUCCAUACUUUUAAUCCUACUCCAUUUCCUACCCCAUUGGUUUUAACUGGGUUGUUUUAAAUUGCGGGCCGAAAUUAUUUAAUUACCUUUUAAACUGUUUUUUAAAUUUUGUAUGCUCUGUUUUAUCUCGGCUGUUCACCACCCUGAGUCCUGCUGGAGAAGGGCGGUAUAAAAAUCAAAUCAAAUAAAAAAUAAAUAAAUACA